AUUUAUACAAUAAUGAUCACUGGGUCCGGAGUGAAUGCAUGUCAAUUAUCAAAUGCGCGCUGAGCAAGAAGUCAAACUCUUCCAUAAGAAAUAUAUAUAGAAAUAUAAAUAUAGAUAUUUUUGGUAGUUUUAUAGGUUGUUUUGGUUAUAACAACCGUCAUCUCUCUGACGCACCAUGGGCGGAGUCUGUGAGACACAGUUGGCGAGGGUAACUGCGUUUAGCUCGCACCUAUGGAUGGAGGGACACCGUUUAUCUUAUUUUUGCUGUAAACGAUGGACACCGUGUCUUUCCAGGAGCUGCAUCAUGCUUUUAUUGAUGUCGAUAUUGAUCUCGAGCACUGUUGUAGGAGGUCUCCAAGUAAUCGGAGGGAACAUAACCGUGGUGCAAGGAGAGACUACAGUCUUACCCUGCAAACUCAUCGACUCCACAGAGCACCUCACCCAGAUUUCGUGGCAGAGGAUGACCAAAGGAAAUCCUCAGAAUGAGAAUUUCUUCAUAGUCUUGGACAAAACUGGACCACAGUUUGUCAACGGACGCGAUGAAAGAUUUAAAUUUGUUGGGAAUUUUAACGAAAAACAUGCAUCUAUGCAGUUAUCUAACGCUACGUUGAUGGACGAAGGCAUCUACACGUGCAUCUUCACCUUGUUUCCCAUUGGUAAUCGCAUGACAGAGAUACCUCUAAACUUGCUCGUGCCUCCUGUCACAAGCCUGAAGGGCCAUCAUCCUACUUUGGGUGACAAUGAGGUUGUCCUCGCUACCUGCACGGCUGCUGGUUCCAAGCCUCCCGCAACGGUGAGGUGGCUCACUGGUACCCUGGCAGAAAACGUGAAGCCAACAUUCAACUCCUACAUGCAUGACAAUGAUACCACUACCACCGUCAGCUCGCUGUUUGGAGUACCCACCAGAGAAAUCAACAGCCGUUCGGUCCAGUGUGUCGUCACCAGUGCAGCCAGCUCGAAAGAAGAAACCCUCAGCAUCACCAUACAGGUCUUGUGUGGGUAUCCAAACACUUUCCAGUUUCACAUGUAGUUGAUCAUUGUAGUUCAUUUUACUCUUGUUGACUUAAGAAUUUCUCAAUUAUUGAAUUGAUUUCAUUAAUUAUUUGAAAACCAGGCCCGCGUCAGAAGAAAAUGUUGUCAUUGUACAUUUCUGAAAACCACAAAGUUGCAUUUAUGCAUUUAAUAUAUAUCAUAUAAGUGUCCCUGCAGUGAUGUAAUAUAUGAGC